CUAUAAAGCAGCCGAGAGACACAGGAGGUCUGUCACAUGUGCACGGGGUGCUCGUGCAAAAAAGACUUGACAAACUGAAGAGUGGCUUUAAACGCUCGACACCACAGACGUAGGUUUCAUUGUUCGGAUUACUUUCCAGUGGGUGCCAGACGAGAUUGAUUGGACAGACGCUCGAGAAGACCCGGAUGCAUGGUGCUGCUGGCAAGUCCUGACGUCAUGCCGUCUGCUGGGACCUCGCCACGUGACCCUCACGCCAGUUAUCCCCUAACAAUGGGAACACCCCCUGCCACCUUGUCCAGCCAGUCACCUAACCACCAAUGGGACAUCAACGACAGUACUUUGCCACUGCCCGAGAAAUUCGACAAGUUCCAGCCAUGGCCACACGGUCACUGCCGGUACAUCUACAGCCCGCAACAGGAAGAUGGCCGGCGCCACGUCAGCGGCUGGGCCAUGCGGAACACCAACAACCACAACGCCCUCAUCCUCAAAAAGUCAUGCCUUGGUGUCCUCGUCUGCUCCCAGGACUGCCUCCUGGAGAACGGAGAGAAAGUUCACCUCAGACCCGCCAUUUGCGACAAGGCACGACGGAAGCAAAUCAGCAAGCCAUGUCCAAAUCCAAACUGCCCUGGAACUCUAGAGCUGCUGGCUUGUCGAGGCCACUGUGGAUAUCCGGUGACUCAUUUCUGGCGCCAUUCUCAUGGAGCUAUCUACUUCCAGGCAAAAGGCUAUCACGACCACCCUAGACCGGAAGUGAAGUCAGUAGCUGAAAGCAGACGAGGUGCCGGGGGCGCACGGCAUUACAAGUCCUUCAUGGUAUCAGAAGUGUUUGGCACAGACAGAAAGCGGCAUCUUCUAGGUGACCACGAAGACGCACCUGGAAGAAAGCUGUUCGCUGCUUUACCUGGCGACGAGGUUAUGUGCUCGUGCCCGCCGUUCGAGUGCAUGUGUAACAAAUCCCGCCCAGCGUUCAAAAGCUACCUUCCCGCCUACGACAUGUUCAAGGAGUCGCUGCAGCCGCCCGCCCCCUUCACGCAAAUCAACAUCACCAACGCCUACCCGUCUGGCACAGGUCCGUCUUUGGACCUCUUCUUACACGGCGGCGGCGACAACGGGCGCCCGGCCCGACGAGGAUGCGGUAUGGGGAUGGUGGAGAGCCCUCGGCUUCUGCCCAAUCCAGUCGCCUUCGGUCAGGGCGCUAGGUCGUUUCCGGCCCUGAACGUCCGGUCACCUCUGGCCACUGCCGGCGGCGAGCAGGGCUUCUGCGACAGCCCGCAGUAUCGGCUGCGAGACAACAGCUGCAUAGACAACGCCGUCAGCAGUCUAGGUGGCACAGAAAUGCGGGUUCUGAGGGACACGAACCUGCUGCAACACAGGCCGAGCGAGCUGCUGCCGCAGGCCAGGUUCCCGGGAGAGUCCGUGGGAGACGGCGCCCCACCGCCUCCGCCGCAACCGCUGUUGCUAGAAGACCGCUUCUCCGCCAGCAGUAGCAGCACCACGGCUGGUUUUUUAUCGUCCUCAGCGGAAACCCUCUUCGGAAGCUUGUCCAGGAUGGACGAUCUUUACUCUAUGCCGGGGCUCAAAACGGAGCCUCUUGACUCGCAAGACUCCUUCCCUUGUGCGAGCCAAUCUCAGUCGCCGGAAGCCGGGGGAUCGCAGCAAGGCAGCAGCUUGCUCAAGCCACAUGCGCCGGACGGAACGAGACCAGUGGGACCAACAGACGAAGACAGCCUCUUUGCCAACAGCUCGUGCGCCAAGGGCGGCACGCCGUCUUUGUCCAGCCCUCAACUGCUGGGCUCGCAGACACCAGAUAGUCUCCUGGACACGUCACACGCUGACGCCUGCGGGUUGCUGAGCUCCAGCCACACACCCACCACCCCGACGCAGUUCGGCAAAAAGUUUGAGGAGCUGAGGCCGGUGCCGCAGAGGCAGUUUCCGGGAGACCACGGGCCCAGAUCGGCCUUUGACCUUUUACACAACACUAUUUUCUUUCGAGACGACUUACCCAACCCUGGCGCUUCGGCCACAAGAAUGAGGGAGCCGUCAACGAGCAUCAUACCCUACGGACAACAGUACGCAGGCACGAGUACACCGCAGAUGCACAUGCGAACGGACACCCAGAUGGCGACAUGUCCGGCUUCGAAUGACAGCAGUGGCGCCUGGUACGGUCGUUGCCCGACCGAGUGUUUUCAGCAUACUCAAGCGACACAGUCCUAUUCUAAUCUGUACAAACAGGCCUGCAACCACAGCAUUAACAUAACAUUGACUUAUAAUUAACACCGGAAAGGAAAUCCUAAUAAGGAACUAUUUCAAGGAAUUCCUUUUGUAAAACUGUACUUAAAAUUCGUUGAUCACACUUGUCAAUAUAAAAUAUAUAGUGUAUUUAAUAAUGUAGUAUAUAUAAUUUAUGAUAUGUUAAACAAUGUAUUAUACAAUAUAUACUGUAUAAUAUAUAAUAUAUGAGGGAAGCAAAUGGCAGGCUGAUGACCGGAUGAGUAUGAGGUCGCUUCAGUAAAACUGACAUCGACACGGAAGGCCUUUUAAAGAUGUCACUUUAUUGCUGUUUGUACAGACGUGUAAAUUUAGUCUUACAAAGUUUAUUCCAGUUUAUAAAUUGUCAGAUUUGUAAACUGGCUAAAUAUAUGUGCAUAUACUUAUGUAUAGGGAGGUGGAAAAGGCCGGUUCGUUGAACUAACGUUGAGAAAGGACAAACGGAGCAGUAAGACAAGCGACAAUGUUGCACUUCUUUUAAUUGUUUUUUCAUUCGGCAGAUGUAAUAUGCGACAUCUUUAGGCGAUUGGCCUAAAUUUAGAAAAAAGACUUUGAAAAGUCAGCAGCCGAUUGUUGCCUACCAUGACCACAGUUGCCUUGCGCAUAGAUGGCGUCUGAGGCGUUUUGGCCCAGAAGCCACACCAUACACUGACGCUGUAAUAAAGUUACACACAGGUUUGAAAGUAAUCAGUAUUCGUGACGAAGGUUUUAUUUUUUGUUACUGUUUUUUAAUAUCUAUUUUUUUUUUUUUUUUUGCCAGUUCGGAAAUUGGACGAGAGACACUUCUGUCGUAUUUGGACAGGCGCUCGCUGGGUUAUCAUCUAUUUCUCACUGGGUUAAAAAAAGUUUCUAACAUUUGCAUAGUUAUGUCUCGAGGAAGCCUAACCUGGAAGACUUGGUGGCAUCAAGUGGGGUUUUGAGUUGCGUAUCUCUGACAGCGCAAGGAUUUAUGAAUAAGUUUCUGAGCGUACGAGGACGGUACGCACAAAAUCGCGCUGCGCGUGCUCUGGAUAGACGAGUGGGUUUUUGAUCUUGUUAUAAGAGGACAUUUGUUUUUAUUACUAUAACAUCGUGGAGAUUUCCGUGAUGUAGAAGAGCGAUUCUAUUGUCUACUCAUGGCUUGCGAAGUAUACGGUGGAGUCAAAUGCCAACCCUGCGUUUACGCACAGCGUAAAGACGAGGUCUAGCAUGUGUACACAUUGGUUUAUCCUGUGUAAACACAUCAUUUCCACCUGUAAUCAGGUUUAACAUGUCUUUAUCACCCAUCAGCACAGUUUGUGUGCGUAAAUACCUCAUUAAAACGUGUGAACGCAAGUUUAUCACGUGUAAGCAUAUUUUUUUAGAACUGUAAAUGCCGAAAUCGUUAACAUAAACGUCUGCUUACUUUUUUCGUAAGCCCACGUGAUCACAAAAACAGUUGGUUAUUUUGUAAUCUGCGUUUUGUACUGUCUUCGGUGCAGUCCAAGACUUCUGAAUCCGUUGUGUCCACAUGUCGGAUGUCCUGGGCUAUUGCCGGUCUUGCUUGAACGACAACUCGACUGACAACUACAACUACUAUUGCAUUCGCAAAUGAGCGUGGACGUCAGCGCGAGUUUUCUUCCUGGUCAAAAAUAGUAAUAGACCAUGAGCAACUUGCGGAUGCGGAUGUUAACGACAUCUUGCGUGAAGGCGGAGAAUAGACAUGAAUGUGAGAAAAAAAAAAAAAUAAGCAAAGCGAUUUUUCGGGGUUGAAAAGAAAGAUACGCACUGAAGACAGAAUUUUGUUUGCUAAGCAACGAUACUGAUAACAAUGUAUUUCAAGGUCUUCAGCACCUUGAAACUUUAUUUUUGGAGCAAAUACUUCCGAGAGUUCCAAGAUUAUAAGUGACUCUCCCAUUUUUGCUUUGAUUUUUUCCAAGUCAUUCAGUUUCUGUUAUGUUUCACAGGAAAUGAUGCCAAGAGAAAGCGCUCAAAGAGGAUGACAGAAUAGAACUUCAGGAAAUAAGCGGAAAACCAUCAAAGGUCGGGCAACAUAAUGAUAGCAGAACACAUUUGUAGCCCUGCCUUCGAAUCCAACAGUAGUGAAAAGACAUCUCAGUAAUAAACAAGCCUUGCCAGCAAAGUCUUUUCACGUCAAACUUUUUUUGCAAAAUCGUGGAAAUGAUUGCGGAGUACUCCAGAUGGCCAUAUCCAACAAAUGGUCAUAAUAUAUUUAUUUCGUUACGUUGGUCCGCCGGAACAAUACCUCAGAAUUAUGUAGUACUCAUAUGACUUCUGUGUUAUAUAUCCUGUGCUCUUUGUGACAAUUUUGUGUACCUUCCAGAUGUUUUCAACCACCAUAUUUGAUCCCGGCCUUCACAUUCCCCUAGCGAUAUGUCCCAAGCAGAAAUGUAACGGGAAAAGAAAGUAAGCUUAUGAGCAAAGACAAUACGAAAAUCUGCAGCCGAUUCUAUCGAGUUGAGAAAUACUCUACCUACAAAACUACAUUUGAAACGCAUCGCCUAGUAUUAUACAACGUCCGCCAAUGAGAGCGAAUCUUCCGGUGUCUCAGCAGCUUUCUGCAAGUAAUGGACACGAUUAUCUGACAAGAUCUUUAUUGGCAAAUGUUUUAUCAGUUUGCAAACACUCUUAGUGCAAUGAUAAAAAUCCGGCUGUAGUAUCGUACUCACCUUACGCCCUCCGCCUCUCGCCCACCACCUCCCGUCCAUCCAGAAAAAGAUAUUGUGACAGUUGUUGUUAGUGUGGAAAUAUUUGUGAUUGAGUUUGGUCUUUCUGCGUCUUGGACAAAGUGUUAGAUAUUGUGUGGUACAACUUGAUUUUUAAAACUACUUUGUCAUCAUCCCGGCGCUUACACCCUAUUUAAAGUGUCAUUGAAGUAAUUUAGACCCUACCAAUCAACAGCCGUCUAGAGGUUAAAAUCCCGCCAAUGAAAGGACGUGUCGACCAUUUCGAUCCCAUAAAGCAAGCACUCUUGUCUUAUUUUAUACACUUUGAGAAAAGCAUGGAUGCCAUAAAAUUGGAUCAUAACUUAGUAGCUGGAAUCCAUUGUUUCCAUAGGUAUUUGUGUCUCUUAAAACGACAGUGGUUGUGGUUCUUAAGUCAGAUACGAAAAUACUGGGAUGAAACUUGCUUUUUUCCCCAAUGUAAGGGCUGUGACACUUCCUUGCAUUUUAAAACAUUGUGUACAGCGGACAAGGCAUCCACAUUACUUGCAUUUAUGAGCAUGAACUCCGAAGUGUUUAUUGUUUCGUUUCUUGGGCGUCAUUUCCAGUGCUUGUUCCCUCGUAACUUGGGCGCAGAUUCCACAAUGUUUGCCAGGAAGUAGGUCUCGGCUACUUAACGUUCACAAGUCUUGAAUGAACAUCUUACCUUCAAUCACUAGCGAUGCUUUAGUCCUGCGCCACCUUCUUCCUGACGUCACACUAUUCCUUCUUUCAUCUUCUUAUAUUUUUGAUGUCUUUCCCGAACGUUCCAACAUCUAACCCACGCGAACCUCGUGGUUCAGUUCAUUUGUGUGGAUCGUGGAUAGUGAUUCUGCGCCUGUUCCCCGGGCGCCCCAAGUUUUAUGCAGGAAUCCCCAUGACUGCCGGCGUUGGUGGCGAAGGACCCGGUCUAAAACACCAACCGUGUUUGGCAAGACGUGAACUAUGCCCUCAACGUGAAUAAUGACUCCUAGUGACCCGAUGUGUCUGGCAAGAUUCACAGUGACCCAUAAUGUUUGCACAUGCCAUCUGUAACCCUAAUGUGUCCGGCAAGACCUGGCGCUGGUUUGCAGCACGUACAUGUCUCGUGACUUUCUCCGCAGAAUCAUGUUGGGGGAGGGAGGGUGACAAAAGGAGCAGGAUGGCAAUCGCGCAUUGUGUUGUAAAGAUUCUUCCUGUAACAUUUGUUGCGAAAGUCUCUCAUUAGAUAAGAAGUACAAAGCUACAGGAGCUUUAAAAGGGUUUGUAAUGGGGGCUUCUUUAUCCAGGAAGGUUAAAAUCUCUCGAAAGGCAAAUUGCAAAAACUGGAAGAGCUUUUCCAACGGUUCGUGGGAGUCCUUAGUAAAAGGUUUGAAACUCAUUUCAUCUUCCCUCCAAGAAGCAUCGAUAAAACCUGGGAUGAAAUGGAUGCGUCUGCCUUCCUCAUGCCACUUUCACCCUCUUAAUAACUGCAAAGCAGAAGGAUUUAUGCGGGGGAUCAGACACGUAUACCUUUUCUACCACUCCCAACUCUCCUUCUCCCUUCUCCUCUGCUGUUCACAACAAACAAUUUGUUCAGUAAUAUGGUAGAAAGGAGAAACACAACAGCAACCCUACCCCAUUCACAAAAAUAUUGAUAUUUGCACACGUUUUGGGAGUAAAGUGAUUAUCUGCACAAAACAAAGCCAGCUGCUUGUGUGUUUAUAAUAUGAUCUUAUUGUUUUAUUGUGUUCGUUGUCAGUUCUUGUUGCCUGAUGAUCACCCUCUCGUGUUACUUAUUCGGCCUAUGGCAAUUGUUACCGUGAGCGAGAAGCUAUGCGCCUCCAUGUUGCUGUAACUCCUGUAUUUUGUCAGCUGUCGGCUCAGUCUGUGAACGUUCAAAGCGCUUUUGUCCAUCUUUAAUGAUCUGUAAUACAGUCUCUCAAAGGCACAAUGUUCCUGGACUCAAGCAUAUGGGGGUCGUACAGAAGCCAUGGCUCACAGCCAUGUCGUUACAGUCUGUAACAUAAUCCAUCGCAGUAUGCUUACAAGAAAACCUUUUACAACAGCGAUGAUGUAAUUAUAAUUUAGUUCAACAGCUGUCCACCUUUUAGCUCAUCAGACACAGUUGUAUAGUUUUACUAUAGAAAUAAUAAAAAAUCAAAAUUUCCCUCAUGAUAAUCUCUUCUAUGGAAUGAGAAAUAAUGUUCCUUUUGUUAUGAGAGCUCUCGUGACUGCGUUGCACUAAGAACUUUUGUUGUUGUUGGUUUUUUUUAAUUAAUUUUUUGUGUGUGCCAACAACAGGUACAGGAUUAAAGAGAUUUAAUAAAAAUAAUCGCAGUGAUCCAGGUGAUCUGGAACCAGCAAUAAGUAAACAGGGUAGUAAAUAUAGCCGUCGGAGCGCACCACGUGACCUUUCGACACUUAAUGGUGCAAAGAUAUAAAAUAUUAUAUUGUAAAAUAUUGAUUUCACUUUCCGCGUGACUAGUUUAUUAGUCCUGUCCACAAAACCAGUGUUGACCAUGGUGCUGAAGAGAGCACUUAUCACAAAGCAAGUUAAUAAUUGUAAUGAGCUCAGUGCAGUAACUUUCAAUGUGCCUUAUACGCAGCUUUAAGCAUUGUGAAAAUGUGGUGUACAGAAAAUAAUAAAUAUGUUUA